CAUGUAAGCUUCUUCGCCAGUGUAUUGAGUAAGCUUCUCCAAAAAAGGUAAUCUCUUCCAUAUCGAGAUCUACGCCAUGUCUGUCGCUGCUCUCCUCUUCAACCGAGGUCCGUCGCAGGAGCAAUAUUAUUAUUCCAUUGAACAAGCCGCUGUUCAUACACGUCUGAGUUCCGAAUGGAUCUUAGAAGCAUGGAGAUGUCUGAAGAGAACAUUCUAUGCAGGCCCGGUGGAGGAACUGAGGGUGACUUGCGUCGCCGGAAUACCGGCCGUGCAGCGGCGCGUUGAUGCCGUGUCGGCAUCUUUCAGGAAAUCUCUCGAGACUACCAAAUCUAGGGUUCAGGAGACAGUUCAGCUUCAAGUUUCUCUCUUUUCCCUGGGGAACUGCAUCGCCAUCCUCUCUUCCCUGGCUACGCCCGACCAGGAGUCGAAAAUCAUGGACUUGAUUGAGUCGCGUUGGCACGAGCUGGUCGGGGAGAUGCCCAUGAAGGUCUGCUACCCUGGGAUUGAAGGGUACAAGUGGCGAAUUGUGACUGGGUGUGACCCCAAGAACACCAGAAGAAAACAUCCAUGGGACGAUGGUGGUAGGUCGGAUGGUCAUGGUUUUUCGUGAUGACAAUGCAGGGGUUCCUAUUAUACCCAAAGUGACCCUGCACCCUGGUGGUUUAAAUGAAGCUACUUUGGUCCCCGACUUCCAAGGCAAGGCAGUCCCUCCAGGUUUAAACUCAUGUGACAAAUGAUGUCUCGCUUUUAAGAGAAAUUGAUAUUGAUCUUUAUGAUGU